GCCUCGGUGACACCUGUCCGAGCCGACACCUGGCAGACGGGAUGGACGCCUGCGCGCAUGCUCUGUUGUCAUGUGGAAAUCUGUUAAAACGCUCGGGAUGUCAGCGGCUCAGAUCAAAUCUGUAAACAGGACGCGAGCCGCCGGGUCUCCUCCUCCUGCUCAGCAGCUGGAUCCCCGUCAUUAACCAUCGCUGUCUUCUUCCUCUCCAUCACCCCCUGCACACACACACACCACAACACACACACACACACACACACACACCUAAACACACUCACUCUAAAGAUGCCCCGCUCCUUCCUGGUGAAGAGUAAGAAGGCGCACAGCUACCACCAACCGCGGACUUUGGAAGAUGAUUACAGCAGACUGGACUCGAUACUGGCGAACAUCUGUUCAGAUACCGAUAAGCUCCAGGAGGAGGACGCCGACCUUUCGGCGGACAGCUACGGCCUCUCUCCGGCCUCCCACCCGGGCGAAGCUGCGGAUUUCUCCCCCAGGUCUCCGCUGAGCUGCGCCGACAGUUUGUGCGCUCGAUCCGCGGACUAUGAGGACUUCUGGCGGCCUCCGUCCCCAUCCGCGUCACCUGUUGACUCCGAAAAAUCGCUUUCUCCCCUGGUGGGUGAAACUCAGCCCUUCGCCGUCCCUUUCCGGCCGUACGCCUGGAGCAGCUACCCGGGGCCGGGGCCGGGGCCGGGCCCGGAGUUGGAGGUGCAGCGGCCCGUGGCGCAGCGGAGCCUCCACCCCGGCCUGGAGGUGGACACCAGCCCGGCGGUGAUGGCGCUCUACGCGGAUCGGAGCUGCCACCCGGCCGUGCUUGCAGAGCGGGCCCUGGCGGAGGAGCCUUACGGAGACUACCGGAGGCACGCUGCCGCGCUGCUGUUCUCUGAAACGGGCCUGCACGGGAAGGCGGCCGUCGGGAAGGCCCGGGCCGACCUGCUCUGCUCCAGCCUCAUUCUGAACGGGGCGUACAAGUGUGUGAAGUGCGGGAAGGUGUUCUCCACCCCGCACGGUCUGGAGGUCCACGUCCGCAGAUCCCACAGCGGCACGAGGCCUUUUGCGUGCGACAUUUGCGGCAAAACGUUCGGUCACGCCGUGAGCCUGGAGCAGCACAAAGCCGUGCACUCUCAGGAGAGAAGCUUCGACUGCAAAAUUUGCGGCAAAAGCUUUAAGCGCUCCUCCACGCUAUCCACGCAUCUGCUCAUCCACUCGGACACGCGGCCCUACCCGUGUCAGUACUGCGGGAAGAGGUUCCACCAGAAGUCCGACAUGAAGAAACACACAUUCAUCCACACAGGCGAGAAGCCGCAUAAAUGCCAGGUUUGCGGGAAGGCGUUCAGCCAGAGCUCCAACCUGAUCACGCACAGCAGGAAACACACCGGAUACAAACCGUUCGGCUGCGACCUGUGCGGGAAAGGCUUCCAGAGGAAGGUGGACCUGCGGAGGCACAAAGAGACGCAGCACGGACUGAAGUGAGACAGGAAGGAAACAACCGGCUUUUCCCUUCCUUUUCUCAACACUUUCCUCCAUUUUUAAUGAACUGAAAAUUCAAGACAAUUUGGAUCCAAUCGACUUGGUAUUUUCUGUCUCUUUUUUUUUUGUAUUUUAUUUUUCUUAUAAUUUGUAUUAUUUAUAGGUGCGGUGAAAAAAACGCGAGCAACACUAAUGACAGCAUCGCUUUUUUUAAAAAAAAAAUCUCCUUUCAUUUCUUUUUUUUUUUAAAGCCAGAGAUAAGCUGAGAGCUGUGGGGGGAAAUGAUAGAGGAAAAUGGCAGAUGUGUUCAGAUAAAGCACGAUUUAAAUAACUCUGUUAAACGAUAAUAAACGCACCUGAUAAAAAUCUGCUCUUUCUGCAAAGACUGGAGGUGUUGUUUUCAUCUGACAGAGAUGAGGGCAAAACAGACUCUCUCUCUCUCUCUCUCUCUCUCUCUCUCUCUCUCUCUCUCUCUCUCUCUCUCUCUCUCUCUCUCUCUCUCUCUCUCUCUCUCUCUCUCUCUCUCUCUCCCUCUGCCAGCUGCUAUUGUUCUGUCAGAAGAAAUGCUGAUUUUAUGGUUAAAAUGGACAUCAAUUAAAUUGUAUUUGAGGAUUAUUAUCACCAGAAAUUAAAUUGACGAGACAUAAAACAUGUACAAAAUAAAUAACCCAGUCAG